ACGCAAAAUGACAUUGGUUGACGUUUGAAGGUCACGCGAUAAUUUUCAAACAAAAUAAGUUUGCAUGUCUGAUAAGUUUUCAGUUUAGUUAAAUCAGCAUUACUGCGGUAAGAUUACUUUAUAAAAAAAUGGCUUCGCGUUUUGCCGGUGUUGAGCAAGGACCUCCAAUCGAAGUCUUCCAACUUAAUAAACGUUUUAUCGAUGACACAUUUAAAAAUAAAGUCAAUUUAACAAUUGGGGCAUAUAGAGAUGAAAAUGGUAAACCAUGGGUGCUGCCAGUGGUACGCAGAACAGAAAAGCAGAUGGCAGAGGAUGACUCCUUGCUACAUGAAUAUCUACCAGUACUUGGCUUGGACCAGUUUACGUCAGCGUCAGUGUCGAUGUUGCUAGGAGAAGAUAACCCCGUGAUCGCUGAAGGUCGUGCAUUCGGUGUGCAAACGCUGUCAGGCACUGGAGGUCUGCGUGUGGGUGCGGAGUUCCUCAACAAGCAUCUUAAGUACACCACAUUCUACUACUCCGACCCGACAUGGGGUAAGUGGAAUCUUCUUCUUCUUCUUCUUGAAGUUCAUAGCUACACGGCUCGUUGGCUUCUUAAGAGCCGCAAGUCUCUUUGGCUUUUUAAGUGUGGCUCUAAAUUUUUAACAUUUUGUAAGUAGAUGCCAGCACAUUGA